AUGGUAAACUACUAUGAGGUGCUCGGCGUGCAGUCGAGCGCCUCUCAGGAGGACAUAAAGAAAGCUUAUCGUAAGCUUGCCCUCCGUUGGCACCCAGACAAGAACCUGGACAAUAAGGAAGAGGCAGAGAAAAAGUUCAAGCAGGUGUCUGAGGCCUAUGAGGUUCUCUCUGACUCCAUGAAGCGGUCAGUAUACGACAGGUGGGGGUCAGAUGGCUGGCCGGCUGCCGGUGGCGGGGCAGGAGCCACCUACAACAGCCCCUUCAGCUCCGGCUACACCUUCCGCAAUCCCGAAGACAUCUUUAAGGAGUUUUUUGGUGGUAUGGAUCCAUUCUAUUUUGACUUCUGGGACAACCCCUUCAGCAGUGACCGGGAUCGGGACGGCAGCAGAGACUGGGGUUUGCGGGGAACCUUUUCUGCUGGCUUCGGGGAAUUCCCCGCCUUCAUGGAGGCCUUCUCCUCCUUUGACUCCUUAGGCCAUGGAGGCAGGGCCACCUUUUCCUCCAUGUCCUUUGGGGGCUCAGGUUCAGGUAGCUCUGGCUACAAGUCAAUGAUGUCGUCCACGGAGAUGGUCAAUGGGUGCCAGAUCACCACCAAGAGGAUUGUGGAGAAUGGGCAGGAGCGAGUGGAGAUUGAGGAGGACGGGCAGCUGAAGUCAGUGACCAUCAAUGGGAAGGAACAGCUCAAACGGGUGGACAACAAGUGA